AUGUCCCUCGUUGCCAUUAAGAACGGUGUUGCCACCUUGUUCAACGGCAAGGCACAACAGAAGAAGCCUUUGAUUGACGCCAACUCGCCAACAAGUUACCAGUCUCUGGAUGCCGGAGUGGACUCGGUGCGUGGCAGAGAUGAAGAGUCAGAGAUUGGGUCCAAAUACGACAAUGGCGACGAUGACGAUGGAAACGAAGGGCUGCUGGGCAGAGUUGACCCAAGAGUGAUGUCCGAUAUCGUGAUUGGGUUGUCUGAUGGGUUGACAGUGCCGUUUGCACUUACAGCAGGUUUAUCAUCUCUUGGUGAUUCCAAGCUGGUGAUCACGGGUGGAUUUGCAGAGUUGAUCUCUGGAGCCAUAUCCAUGGGCCUUGGUGGGUUCUUAGCGGCAAAGUCCGAAUCGGAUUACUACCAUUCUGAGGUGAAGACCGAGAAGCAGAAGUUUUAUGAAGAUAUGACUGAAGUCAAUCACGAGUUGGAAGACCUACUUUUGGACAUCAACCCUGAUUUCUCCGAUGAGACGAUCAUCUCGUUUAUAAGAGACAUGAAGAAGAACCCACAAUUGGUUGUUGAUUUCCUCAUAAGAUUCGGGAAAGGCUUAGAAGCACCUGCAGAGAAUAGAGAGGUGAUUUCAGCUUUGACCAUUGGUUCGUCGUACUUUUUAGGAGGAUUUGUUCCUUUGAUUCCAUACUUUUUUGUGAAGCACGUUGACACCGGACUCAUCUUCUCAAUGCUCUUGAUGACAUUUACGCUGUUUUGGUUUGGAUUUGUAAAGGCACAAAUUUCAUUAGGUGAGCAGUGCUCUGGAAUUAAAAAGGUUCAUGAAGGUAUCCAGAUGGUUCUUGUUGGUGGUAUUGCAGCUGGUUCGGCUUGGCUAUUGGUUAGACUAAUUGAUUGA